CUUCUUCUUUCGAGCCCUAGCUUUCUCUCUCUAGGGUUCUUCUUCUUCUUUGCCUCCAAAAUUUUCCCUCACUUUCUCCUCAAAUUUUCUCUCCUUCGUUCGUUACUCUCCGCUUCGGAUCUCGGCGCGUCCCGCCCGUGCGUUGAAGAUGGACCUCGGUGGCGGCCGCAAGCGGGGAAGGCCCGACGCGGCGCUCAACGGCAAUGGGGGAAUGAAGAAAUCGAAGCAAGAAAUGGAGUCCAUUCCAACUGGUAUAGGAAGCAAAUCGAAGCCAUGCACAAAGUUUUUCAGUACUUCUGGGUGCCCUUUUGGAGAGGGAUGCCAUUUCUUGCAUUAUGUUCCAGGUGGUUUUAAAGCCGUGUCCCAAAUGCUGAACCUUAGUGGAACCCCUGCUCUUCCUCCAGCUUCUAGAAAUUCUCAAGUCCCUCCAUCCUUCCCGGAUGGCUCAUCUCCUCCAGCUGUGAAAACUCGGUUGUGCAACAAAUACAACACUGCUGAAGGUUGCAAAUUUGGUGAUAAGUGCCAUUUUGCCCAUGGUGAGUGGGAGCUUGGCAGGCCAACUGCUCCAUCUUAUGAAGAUCCUCGUGCUAUGGGACCAAUGGGUGGCAGGAUGGGAGGUCGGGUUGAGCCUCCUCCACAAAGUCUUGGAGCUGCAGCUAGUUUUGGGGCCUCGGCCACUGCUAAGAUCAGCAUUGAUGCGAAGCUUGCUGGAGCCAUCAUUGGUAAAAAUGGUGUGAACUCCAAACAAAUCUGUCGCCUUACAGGAGCCAAACUUUCGAUUAGAGACCAUGAGGCAGAUCCCAACUUGAGGAAUAUCGAGCUGGAGGGUACAUUCGACCAGAUCAAACAAGCCAGUGCCAUGGUUAGGGAGCUAAUUGUAAAUGUUGGUUCCGGCUCUGGACCUCCGAUGAAGUCGAAUUCCUCGUCUCAGUCAAACAACUUCAAGACUAAGCUCUGCGAGAACUUUGCGAAAGGUUCCUGUACCUUCGGCGACAGAUGCCACUUUGCCCACGGAGCGGAAGAAUUACGCAAAUCGGUGAUGUGAGGUUGGGCUUAGGGUUGAUGAUGGCCAUGGCCUGUUUUCUUCUUCUUCUUCCCUCGUUGUUUUAGGACUAUUAAUUGUUGUUAUAGCCUUUGUAUUUGGCGUGUUUAUUAUUAAGUUUUGUUUUUUUCAGAUGCAAAGAUGGACAAAAAUUGCAUAUGCAUAAAGAGUUAGGUUUUUCAUUUAAAUUUUUAUUGAGAUCGAUCUUAUUAUGCC